CCGGCAAACUCCGCUGUUGUGCGCACACAGGAGCAAUCAGCAGGCAGCUCUGCUUUUAGAGGCACUACACCAAAGGGGUCCCGGCUGCAGGGCUUAAAGGGACAGCAUCUGCAGGAGCGAUGCUUGUGGCUUGCCUGCUGCUCUCCUUGAGCCUGCUACAGGGUGCCCUGGGGAGCACAGUCCACCUCCGGAGAGCCAACGACAGGCACGGUAGAUGUACCUACUCAUUUACGGUCCCCAGCCCACAUGAGGCCAGCUGUCCAGGGUCUGACCAGGCCAUGCCAGCCAUACUGGACCUGCAGAGGGAGAGCAACAUGCAGCGCUCAGAGCUGGAAUCUGCCAAAGCAAGGCUCAGUCUCCUGGAGAGCCUGGUGACCCAGAGUCAUGCUAUGGAGGGCUCCUCUGCUUCCACUGUGGAGUCACUGCAGAGACAGCUGGCCAGCCUGAGGAUGGAGACCACCCAACAAAAGUCCCAAGCCAGCAGGAUGGAGACUGCCUAUAGAGACCUCCUGAGGAACAAAUCUUCCCUGGAGGAGGAGAAGAGGCACCUGGAGCGAGAGAAGGAAGAGCUAGAAAGGAGGCUGGAGAACAGCAGCCAGGAGAUCGCUCAGCUGAGGGCCAACCAGUGUCCCCAAGUUAGCGACACACCUGUUCCAGAUUCCCUGCAAAGGUCCAAAAAAGUUUCUAGGUGGGAUAUGGAGAGUCCAGACUACCAGGAAUUGAAAUCUGAAAUGACGGAGGUUUCAGCUUCCAGCCUCUUUCAGGAGCACUCCUCUCACAGCCGUCUGGGUGCGGAGGACACAGGCACUGCAGGAUGUGGAGAACUGGUCUGGGUGGGGGAGCCCGUCACCCUCCGCAAAGCAGAAACAAUUGCCGGCAAAUAUGGUGUGUGGAUGAAGGAUCCAGAACCUGCUUCCCCAUACACCCGCGAGACGACUUGGAGAAUCGACACGGUUGGUACAGACAUCCGCCAGGUUUUUGAAUAUGACAGCACUGAUCAGUUCAUUCAGGGUUACCCCUCAAAGGUGCAUAUCCUGCCAAGGUCCAUGGAAAGCACUGGCGCCGUCAUAUACAGGGGGUCCCUGUAUUUCCAGAGGCGCAAGUCCAGAAUCUUGGCCAAGUAUGACUUGAGGAAAGAAACCAUCACUGUCCAGAAGGACCUCACCAAUGCAGGCUACCAUGGGCAGUUCCCCUAUUCUUGGGGCGGGUACACUGAUAUUGACCUGGCUGUUGAUGAGAUGGGGCUGUGGGCAAUCUACAGCACACAGAAGGCCAAAGGGGCCAUUGUCCUUUCCACGUUAGACCCAGAGACUCUAGAGAUCAGGCAGACCUGGGAGACCAACAUACGCAAGCAGUCAGUGGCCAAUUCUUUUAUGAUCUGUGGCACCUUAUACACCAUCAGUAGCUAUUCAUCCCCUGAUGCCAUGAUCCACUUUGCCUACAACACAGCCACAAGCACCCGUAAGCUGCUGAAAAUACACUUUGAGAACCGCUACAAGUACAGUAGCAUGGUUGACUACAACCCCACAGAGAGGAAACUCUUCGCUUGGGACAAUUUCAACAUGGUCACCUAUGAUAUCAGACUCUCCAAGAUGUGAGGAGCCUGGGAACGUGAAAAGGACACACCAUGCUUGUGGCUAACUAACAGCUGUUUGGCUAGGGCAGUAAGACAAUUAAGGCAUCAAUUUCACACAUUUUACUUUUCUUAUUCUUCCUGGUCUUUCACAGGGCUUAGCCUGAACCCCAGACUCAGACAGAGAACCACACUGGGAGGAACAAAUUGAUCAGGAUUGGAUGCUAGGUGAGGGAGUGUCACAUCAAGACACACCCUGGCUCAAAAAUAGUAACACAGAGCGGCGGGUGUCUUCACUGAGUUUGAGCAUUUGGAUGCAACAGGUCAUGUUCAGCCCUGGUGUAACUUCCUUCAACUCCUUUGGAGUUACACAAUGUUUGAAUUUAGACAGCAUAAAAAAGAAUGCAAGCUUUUCAAACAUGCACAACAUCUGGAGCAUAUAAUCUAGCUGCAAAGGGAAAAAAGCCAGAAGAACAAAAAUCUACCUGUUCUCUCUACUGAGAAAGGCUGUGACUCUAGUCAGUCAAACUAAAAGGAUCACCUCCAUCCAGAGCUUUAUAUAGUUGAGCAAUGGUAUUAUAGGGAAGCAUAUUACCUGGCUGCCAGCUUCACAGACAGCUUCUUAAAUAAAUACCCAACAACCAUCAUUCAGCCAUAGGCAGGCUGUGCAGCUGUUUAUGAUAUGAGGGCAGCAUGUUGUGCAGUCAAAAAUGAGCACAAACCAAAGCUGUGUUGACAGUAACAGAAUUUUGCUCUGUUGACCAAGACAUCCAGAUUAGCAUAUGCUGCAAAGCUGUAUGGCACCUGGUCUUUGUAGGAUCAAACCAAGGCCUAAAGGCACUGCUUCCAACCCCAGUGAAACUAGUGACACAACUCCCACUGAGUUCAAAGUAGUCUAGCUGGGCCCAGAGUAGGUUGGGAGAGCAGGGGAAUCUCAGACCAGGCCAAGAACAUUCCAACUUCCUAAGUGGGCCUGGCACUAUGGAUGGACCACAUCUAUUUAAAGAAACUGUUUAAGACCCAAAUGAUUUCAGGAACUUGAAGCCCCCUCUUGUUUGGCUAUGGGAGUCUUCUUUGAGAUCACUAAAAGCUCAGCUCAAGUGUUUCCAUAGGUAAAUUUUGGAGUCUGAAAACAUGAAAAAAAACUGAUUUUGGAAGAGAAAAAAAUAUAUGUGUAGGAGGGAAGGGGAGGGAGGGCAGGGGUUGGUCCUCUAUCACAGUGACAGAUCACAAGGAGGAACAGGAACCUUGGCUAUAAUAAGGAGAGGACAUGGUGCUAAUGUCCACAUAAAAAUAAAAGCCUUUUCUUGGUAGUAAACAGCAUUUCUGUCACUGAGCAUGAGAGGGAAGCAGGGACAGCAAGAUUCUGAUUUCAGCUCUCCAAGGACUGAGUACUGAAUGGCACUUUUAGCUAAUUAAUAGAAGUUUCGUUCCAUGUACACUAGCAUGGGAGUAAUGGACUGAGCAUUAGAGGAGAGAAAGUCCACUGAGAGGCAAGGAGAGACUUUUCCCCAAAGAUGUGGUUCACGUUCAUGUCACUGGUGCUGCUCUCUCCUCAGAUGCUGGAGCUCUAAAGAAGUGUUCCCUUGCUUCAAAAUGUGCUGCAGUUAUUAAAAAACAAAGAACACUGCAAGGGAGAACACCUUUUAUUUCUAGCCUCUUUCCAGCCCCAGGACUUUCCAUUUAUACAAAAUUUGGAAGCAAGUGGGUCAACAUUAGAUAUUGUUACUGUCAUCAUCAGCCAGGCAGCCUGUGGGGGAAGAGAGGAGAACUGACAUAGCUUGGUUUCUAUAUAGUCUUCCCCACUCCUCCACAGAAAUGGUUUGGCCACUGGCAUCUUAAACUGGGAACAAGAGGUGAGUAAAAAAUGCAAAGCUCAGGUCCAGUCAGCUAACCUUCCUCUAUGUUAUGCAGUCAUUACAUUUAAGGGCUUUGAUCCAGGUCCUAUUUCAGAAAGUGGAUGAUGUCAGGAGGUCAGCAUCCCACCAUUGCACAGCAUUCAAUGGCUGUUACAGAGCUGCAUAUUCACUUUUUGUCCAUAUGCCCACAAAAAGUAUGACCAGUGCAGCUUCCCUAGCAUUAAAAACCAAAGUUAAGCAAUUUUUAUUCACGGUUUUGUCUCCAGAAUGUUGCUGUUAGACACAGUUUAGACCAAAGGUGGCUUACUGUUUGCUAAUAACUCUAACUUCAGCCAGUCACCAGAGCGUAGUGCAGUCCAAACCACAGCGAAGUCAAAGGACAAAUCUCUCACUGCCUCUGAUGGACAACAGAACAGACUCAUAUUUAUUCCAGUCUAUGGUUAUUACCCUGGAAUGGGAAGCAUCCUCAUAUUAUGUAACGACUGGCAGUGCUAGCUAUCAACCGCAUAAUUUCACUGAUUGCACUGUAAUUAGAUGCAUGCUCUAAGAUAGCUAUGGCAUUAGAUUGUAAGCAGCUACCCAUGAUCUUAUUUUUUUUAAACAACUGCCACCUAAAAAAAAAACACCUAACCCCCACAUAAAUACUGUAGCUGGCUUGAUUUUUGUUUUUGAGGAGGAAAAAAAAAAGCACCAAGCAGUGGAGGUUGCAUUAAAGCAUCCUCCAUGAAAGCAAAAGUACAAUCUGCUAAUGAUUAUGUGGAAAUAGUUUAUGAUAAUAAGCAAUUAAAAAAAAUCUCAGACAA